AUGGCUAGAACUAAUCGGAAACAAAGAGGUGCUAACAGAGGGACACAGAAUGCCUCUGGAGGAGACCCUACAAUUGUCAUUGGCAUAGAUUUUGGAACCACCUUCUCCGGUGUCGCUUGGGCUCGAUCCAGUCGGCCAGAUCAAAUCAAUAUAAUCACGAGCUGGAAGUCUCGCUUCAACUUCAACAGCGACAAGGAAAAAGUGCCAACCAUCAUCUCGCGCGAAGAGAAAGAUGGUGCUCCUCUUUGGGGCUACGUCGCUCCAUUGGGAUCAGCUUCCAUCCAAUGGUUCAAGCUCUGCCUCCUCGAUAGGGAUGACAUUCCGCAGUAUCAAAGAAGUUCAGAACAUCUCAAAGCUGCAAUGACUUCGCUGGAAAAAUCCGACACACAUGUUGUGGAUGUUAUCAGCAACUACCUUCGAGAGUUAUGGCAGUACACCAUUAGUUGCAUUGAGCGAGCUGAGGGAGCAUCCAUCGUCGACGUCUCCGCGUUCAAAGUGGUUGUCACGCUGCCGGCAAUCUGGCCUGCAUAUGCCCAAUUCCGCAUGAAAGAGGCCAUUGAAAGAGCAGGAAUUUUGAACCUUCGUGGCGUCUUCGAUACUGCGCUGGAGUUUAUCUCAGAGCCUGAAGCGGCGGCCCUGGCAGCUUUGCAAGAUCUGUCUGAUAGGGCAGAUAUGGUGCCUGGUGAUCAUUUUGUCGUCUGUGACGCUGGUGGAGGUACUGUAGAUGUGAUUACCUAUACUAUCAUUAGCAAAACUCCAAUGAGAGUCAAAGAAAGCGUUAGAGGAGAUGGAAAGCUCUGUGGCGCUACGUUUGUGGACGAACGUUUCCGAGAUCUCCUUAGACAAAAGAUUCCCCCAACUACUUGGGACAAACUUGGAGAAGACGGAAUAGCUCGUCUUAUGAACAAUGAAUGGGAGAAUGGCAUAAAACCACAAUUUAGCAACGAUGGCCGCAUGUGGUCUAUACAAGCCCCCAUCAGUUCACGGAAGAGAGACCACGAACAAUACGUUUCUUCAGAUAUCAACAUACACAAUUAUGAAAUUGUCAACGUCUUUCAACCGAUAACCAGCCAAGUUGUGGAGCUUGUAGCAGCUCAAGUCAGCGAAGUCAAGAGGCGGUACAAGAAGCAACCCAAGUUUGUAAUCUUGGUUGGUGGUUUUGGACGAUGCCAUUAUCUAUAUAACUGCUUGGCCGAAGGCCUCAGAGGCAAAGUAGAGAUUUUACAGAGCUCUGGAGCACGACCCUGGACAGCAGUUUGUCGCGGUGCGGCCAUCAGAGGACUCGAACAAUCUGCUGGUGCUACAGAAUCUGCGAUUUGUUCAAGAAUCGCAAGAGCCAGCUACGGUACCAUGUGCAACGUCGUCCCAUGGAAUGAAAAGGAACACAGCAUUCAGGAUCGAGAAUGGUGUCCGGUUGCGCGAGUGUACAUGGCCGCCGACCAAGCCUCCUGGUUUCUGCGUAUUGGCGAGACUAUAACCGUGGGUAAAGCCAUCGAACUAGAGUUCCACCAGGACUUUGAAUCACCGGCCAGCGAAAUCGUUACAAAUCUCAUUUACUCCAACAGCUUGCAACCAUCAGGACGAUGCGACGAGACAGUCAAAGAGCUCUGCCAGUUGCGCUGGUCGAGGAUCCCCAAAUUCGACGAUCUGCCUACAUGGACAAAUAACAAGGGCCGCGUUAUCAGGCGACUCGCUUAUGUGAUCAAGAUGACUUCCAACGGCGUCUCUUUGGACUUUGAGAUUUCACACGACGACAAGAUUGUCGCCUCCAAGAAUGUCGCGGCUGAUUAUAGCGAAAGUGGUACUGCAGCGCAUCGGCAUGCUGCCCAGCUUGGUGAUGAUAAUAGUGGCACCUAUGUGCCUUCUGUAAAGGGACCGGGAGGCUGGGACGACGAAUUCAGUGAUGAUUAG